CGGGAGCAGUGAGCCAUGGAGCUGUACUUUGGUGAAUACCAACACGUGCAGCAGGAAUACGGUGUCCACCUGCGCCUCGCCAGCGAUGAGACCAAAAAGCUGAGGAAUGCCCAGCACCCUAAGGCAGGCUCCUACGGGGUCAGUAUCCGGGUGCAGGGCAUUGAUGGCCACCCCUACAUCGUCCUGAACAACACAGAGCGCUGCCUGCCGGGCACACCUUUUCCAGAGAACGGGCCAUCCUUUCCACCUCCCGGGGUAAACGACCUGCCUGUGCAUCCCAGCAACGGGGCCGGGCUAGAGGAGGACAGUGCCGAGGACCUGCCGUUUCCAGAAAACCCGUAUGCCCCGCCCAGCUCAGGGAGACCCCCGAAGCAACCACCCUCUCUCUUUGAGGGCAGGCAUGGGGCUCUGGAAGGCAAAGAGGGGCCCGGGAAGCCGUCCCAGGUGCUGAACUUCCAGAGGCACCCGGAGCUGUUGCAGCCCUACGACCCUGAGAAGCAUGAACUGAACUUGCACCAUCAUCACCAGCCGCCUCAGGGUCAAUGGCUAAAAACCCUCCCCGAAGAAGGACCCAACGGCAAGAAGGGCUGGACUUACUGCUCCAAAUCCAGCCGCUCCCAGCCUGCCAGCCCUCCUCCUCUGGACGAGCUGGCCAAGCCCAACGUGACGGCCAUCCGCGUGUGCAGCUCGGUGGUCAUCGAGGACCCCAAGAAGCAGACCUCGGUGUGCGUGAACGUGCAGAGCUGCGCCAAGCAGGGGCCUUCGGAGGCGGAGGAGGCCCCCUUGCCGGGCGGGAGGCCCCUCCCUGCCUUGGGCCCGCACCCCCAUGCCUCCUCCGAAGCCAAGAAAACCAGGCCCGACGUGCUCCCCUUCCGGCGCCAAGAUUCUGCAGGUGCCGUCCUGGAGGGAGCCCGCUCCUCCCGGCGGUCCUCCUCCUCCGCCUCCACGACGCCCACCUCGGCCAGCUCCCUGUACCGCUUCCUGCUGGACGACCAGGAGGGUGCGCUGCACGCCGACCACGUGAACCGCCACGAAAACCGGAGGUACAUCCCCUUCUUGCCAGGCACGGGGCGGGAUAUCGACACAGGAUCGAUGCCCUGCGUGGACCAGCUGAUCGAGAAGUUUGACCAGAGGCCCGGGCUGCAGAGGAGGGGGCGGCCCGGGAGGCGCAGCAGGAUCCACCCGGAGGACAGGAAGCGGUCCCGCAGCGUGGACAGCGCCUUCCCCUUCGGCCUGCAGGGGAGCUCCGAGUACCUGUCCGAGUUCAGCAGGAACCUGGGCAAGUCCAGCGAGCACCUCCUGCGGCCCUCGCAGGUGUGCCCGCAGCGGCCGCAGGCCCCCGGGCACCGCGGGAAGCAGGGUGCAGGGCACCACCCAGCCCCCGCCCAGCCGCAGGGGGCCCUCCCCAGGCCGUCCCAGCACAGCGGAGAGGGGAGAGCUCUGGAAAGCAAAGGCGGUGGUCAGGAAAGUGCAACAGCAACGCGUGCAUCCUCCCUCCCGGCACAGAAAAAGGAGGAGGAGAUCAAAACGGCCACGGCCACGCUGAUGUUACAGAACCGCGGGCGGGCGGCUUCGCCUGACUCAGGUGCCAAGAAGGUUUCUGUGAAGACAUUUGCUUCCGCCUCAAAUACCCAGGCCACGCCGGACCUGUUAAAAGGCCAGCAGGAGCUCACCCAGCAAACCAACGAGGAGACGGCCAAGCAGAUCCUCUACAAUUACCUCAAGGAAGGAAGCACCGAUAAUGAUGAUGCCACUAAAAGGAAAGUCAACCUGGUCUUUGAGAAAAUCCAGACUUUAAAGUCUCGAGCAGCGGGGAGUACACAAGGAAAUCACCAAGCUUCUAACUCUUCAUCUGAAGUCAAAGAUCUGUUGGAACAGAAAACCAAGUUGACCACAGAAGUGGCUGAACUUCAGAGACAGCUUCAACUGGAAGUCAAGAAUCAACAGAACAUCAGAGAAGAGAGAGAGAGGAUGAAAGCCAACUUAGAAGAGCUCCAGAGCCAACACGACCACCAGGAGAAAGAGAACUCGGUGCUGCAGCGGCGGCUGGAAGAGAGUGAGGGGGAGCUCCGGAAAAGCCUGGAGGAGCUGUUUCAGGUAAAGAUGGAACGGGAACAGCACCAGACAGAGAUCAGGGAUCUCCAAGACCAGCUCUCGGAAAUGCAUGACGAACUGGACAGCGCCAAACGAUCCGAGGACAGGGAGAAGGGGGCUCUGAUUGAGGAGCUCUUACAGGCAAAGCAGGACCUUCAAGACCUGCUCAUCGCCAAAGAGGAGCAGGAGGACCUCCUGAGGAAGCGGGAGCGGGAGCUCACCGCCCUGAAGGGAGCCCUGAAAGAAGAGGUUUCCAGUCACGACCAGGAGAUGGAGAAGCUGAAGGAGCAGUACGACGCCGAGUUGCAGGCCCUGAGGGAGAGCGUGGAGGAGGCCACCCAGAAUGUCAAGGUCCUGGCCAGUCAGAACACCUCACAGCAGACCCAGGAGGGGGCUGAGCUGCGCGUGCGGGCCCUGGAGGAGGAGAACGAGAGGCUUCGGGGCAGCCUGGGCGAGCUGGAGCAGAGCGUGGCUCGGCUGCAGAGGCAGGCUGCUGACUUUGAAGGCGACGAGGCCAAAGCCAAGGACACCCUCAGGAAGUACGAGGGGGAAAUCCGACAGUUAGAGGAAGCCCUCGUAUGUGCAAGAAAGGAAGAAAAGGAAGCCGCGGCAGCCAGAAGGGCCCUGCAGAGUGAGCUGGAAGAUGCUCAGGGAAGUCUGAGUCGGGCCACCCAGGAGCAGAAGCAGUUGUCUGAGAAGCUAAGAGAGGAGGCUGAGCAGAAGGAGCAGUUAAGGAGAAUGAAGAAUGAAAUGGAGAAUGAGCGCUGGCACCUUGACAAGACCAUUGAGAAACUGCAGAAGGAGAUGGCUGACAUUGUCGAGGUGUCCCGCACAUCAACGCUGGAGCUCCAGAACCAGCUGGAUGACUACAAGGAGAAAAAUCGCAGGGAGCUUGCAGAAAUGCAAAGGCAAUUGAAGGAGAAAACCCUAGAGGCAGAAAAGUCCCGUCUGACCGCUUCAAAAAUGCAGGAGGAGAUGCACCUGAUGGAGGAAGAGUUGCGGGACUCCCAGAGAGCUCAGGAUGAGGCGCUCACAAAGAGGCAGCUCCUGGAGCAGACGCUGAAGGACCUGGAGUACGAGCUGGAGGCCAAGAGCCACCUCAAAGACGACCGCGGCAGACUUGUCAAGCAGAUGGAGGAUAAGGUGUCUCAGCUGGAGCUGGAGCUGGAAGAAGAAAGAAAUAACUCGGAUUUGCUGUCUGAGAGGAUCACUCGGAGCAGGGAGCAGAUGGAGCAGAUGAGGAAUGAGCUACUUCAGGAGAGAGCUGUGAGGCAAGACUUGGAGUGUGACAAGAUUUCCCUGGAGAGACAGAACAAAGACCUAAAGAGCCGGAUUAUGCACCUGGAAGGUUCCUACCGGUCCAGCAAAGAGGGGCUGGUGGUGCAGUUGGAGGCCAGGAUCGCAGAGCUGGAGGACCGUCUGGAGAGCGAGGAGAGGGACCGUAACAGCCUCCAGCUCAGCAACCGCCGGCUGGAGCGGAAGGUGAAGGAGCUGGUGAUGCAGGUGGACGAUGAGCACCUGUCGCUGACUGACCAGAAGGACCAGCUGAGCUUGCGCUUGAAAGCAAUGAAGCGCCAGGUGGAGGAGGCCGAGGAGGAAAUCGACAGGCUCGAGAGCUCUAAGAAGAAGCUGCAGAGGGAGCUGGAGGAGCAGAUGGACGUGAAUGAGCAGCUGCAGGGGCAGCUCAACAAUCUGAAGAAGAACAUAAGACUGAAGAAGCUGCCCAGUAAAGUGCUGGACGACAUGGACGACGACGACGACCUCAGCACCGACGGGGGGAGCCUCUACGAGGCGCCGCUGAGCUACACCUUCCCCAAGGAUGCCACCAGCCAGCUCUGAGCCCACUUCCGGGCUGUGGAGGGGGCUCACGUGGCCGUGCUCCGCCCAGGGACCCUCAGCCGCGGCAGCAGGAGGCCGGGGAGGCCGCACCCGUCCUCCGGAGUGGAGACCUUCGCUGCCUCUUCCCAUAACCUGCGAUUCCUCCACGCUCCGCUCCGUUCAGGGGUGUGUGGGCGAACUUGGCUCUCCCGUCUUAGGGAGCUAUUGCAGGGUAAUGGCUGAGACACCUGAGGCCCGGCAGCCACCGCCCGCUGGGGUGCUCUGGAAAUAUAAUUUGUCAGCCCAAGUCCCCUCUGUACCGCUGUCCGCAUUGCUGCUCCUGCCCCCUGCCCUCCCCCCGCCAGGAGAAAGCGUCCACAUGCUAGUUACUGUUCAGUAGCCGCUGUGCACGGUGGGAAGUGAUGCUCAGGCUGUACAUAUUUUAAAGCAGCUUCUCAUGACCGCUGCUGUUCCGUUCCGGGAUGUGACAGAGGCUUCCCGGGGGCUUGUCUGUCAGGUUCACACGUCUGUAUUGAGUAUUAUUUUUUAAAAAUGUGAAGCUACUAGAUUCUAAGUAUUGAGGAGCAGAGGCACGAGAGAGAAGAUAGAAUGAAGACCACGUGGACAUCAGAGCUGGAGAAAAGGCAUCGGCCUGGUGUUAAGGGACCGUGAACCCUGAGAAGAGAUACUCAGGGGGUCUCCGUACACAACUUCCUGACGGAGGAGCGAGUCAGGGGGUCACUUGUGUCCAUGGCCUCGGUGGUUCAUUUUGUCUGGAACCUUGUGAUUUCUGAACUGGGCUGAGACUGGUUCCCAGGCACCACUUCUUGGGGAGAUGUGCAAGUAGGGCUUCUGACAGGUGAUGUGGUUUCUGGAACUUGGGGCUGGCCUGUCAUUUGUCAUUGGUCCUCUCCUCCCUCCUCCGACAGCAGGCCUCUGUGUUGGGCUCUCCGGUCCUUGGGCAGGGUGGUUGCUGGAUGGGGAAGAGGGGAGGAUAUGGGUCAAGGCUCAUGGACUUAGGGGCCAGGAAGAGGCAGGAGGUAUCCAGUAAGGUCACAAGGAAAGGGGGAAGGGAGGAGAGAGAAGCAGGUGUGUGUGGGUUUGGGUGGGAAGGAAGAAGUCCUUGAAAGCUGGGGGAUGUGUAGAUAGGAGGUGGAUUGAACAGGAUCUCAGGUUUAUGUCAGGAAAGGGAGGAAAGAAGCUGAAACCAGAUAGAGAUGUGUCUGAGCAAACGGGGAGGCUCUUUCCAACUUCCAGGGGCAGAGGGAGGGACAUCAGCCAGCACCAGGCACGGAGUGACUGCCAUUAGGUGCCGUCUGGGCCAGGCCACAUUGCAGGGACAGAAUUAUAGGGAGCAGGCAUGGCACUGGGAGGGUGCAGGGUAUCCCGUCCUUCCUCCUGGCCAUCCUGGUGUCUCCUCCCACUGUGCCAGUCCCCAGGCACACCCAGAGGCCAGGGCCAUCACAUUUGGGCUGCCAUCAGUCAGGGCCAGGGAGAGGACCCUGUGAGUCAUGGCCAUGGGUGCAGCAGAGAUGGCAGCGUUAAUCUGCUUCAGAGGCCCACGCAUCCGAGAGAUGGGAGGCCUGUGCACCGGAGAGUUCCAUGACGGCUGCCAUGGGGAGAAGCCUGGUUUAAAGGCAUGUGUUAACGCUACACACACACACACACACACACACACACACACACACACUCACACAUGCACACGCACACACACACACACACACACACACACAACUGAGGCCCCUGGAGCAGGAGAGCCAAACCUUCCGCCACCUCUGGUUUGGGCUGUGGAGAAAUUCCUCCCUUUAGCAGUUGAUUCAUUUACAAAUAUUUAUUGGGCAUCUACAAUUUGUCAGGCCUGGUCCUGGGCACUGGGAAUAAAACAGUACAUAAAAUGGAUCAAAAUCCCACUCCUACUGCAGCACAGUCAGGGGAGAGGGCGUGAUAGACAGCAGACACACAAACAGACACAGGGGCCGAGCCCUCCAUACCUAGCCUGGCUCCCGCUGUCCUCUCGGGAUGCACCAAGCCUGCAGGUGGUCAACUCCAGGGUUCCUUCCACCCUCAGCAGGUCCCUCAUUCCCCCGCUGCUCCCACCAUGCUGAGGUAUUUGCCAAGAGGCUGCCUGGUAAUGCCUCAGCCCACUCGUAGCUGAGGCUGGGCGGUGAGAAAGCUCUGAGGCCCAGGAGCUGAGGGAGCCAGUGAGUGUCCGUCUUGGUUGGUGAGGAAGUCCCUGCCCCUCACGUUGGCAACUUCCUUCUGGUUCCCAUGGGCUGGCUGCGAGAAUGGAGACCAGAGCUCACCAUUCACCAUUGCAUCCUUAUCUAAGAAAUGGGCUGUUUUGCAUGCUACAUGUGCCCUUCUACACGGUGUUGGAGCCGGCAGUGACCUCGGUGCCUGGGGGUGGAGGGUGGGGGGUGAGGAUUGAGGUGGGGGGAGUGGGUACUGGCCUGGACGUUAAAAGGGGUAUUUCCAAGUCCCAGUUUAUCUUGCCCUGGUGAUCCCGAUGGGGCACAUGCCUGCGGAGCCCCAGAUUCCCAGAAUAAAUGAGGACCAGAGCCCAGACCUUCCCAGCUCUGGCAAGCUCUCAUCUUUUGAUUUUAUUAUAUACACAUGAUUUUUGUUUGUUGUUUUAAGGACUAACCCUACUCAAGAAUAUAUUCUUUAGCUAGCUUGAAAACAAAAUAUAUUUUAUUUAAUAAACAAAUACGUGGCCAAAUGCAAUGCCGAGGAGACAAUCACCCUAUAUCUUUAUAAUUGUUUUCCUGCUUCUGAGAGUCAUUCGACAACGCCGGUCGGCUCCUUCCGUUGGGUUUCCGCACUCUUUGGUUUGAUUGCUGAGGUGUGUCAUGGGAAGAGAUGUUCUGACGUAGCUGCCUCAUGUAAGUGAACUCCUGGAUCAAGCAAGAUUGCCUUUCAAUAAACCGUAUCACCCGACAGGAAUCUCAGCGCUCCCAUUAUUUGGACUUCCUUGUUUUCUCCAGAGCGGGGCUCUGUGUCUGCCAAGAAACAGCCGCAGUGAAUGGCUGGAAGCUGCUCCAGGAAGUGAAGUACGGUGGCAUCCCAGCCUGAGAGCCGUUUCUGAAGCAGAAGGGUGGGCGUGGGUCAGGGUGAACUGGGAGAGUGAGUGUGCCUGGGUGCCUGUGAUGUGCUGAGAAGUUCAAACUGCCCAUUUCCAGCAAACGGGGAAGUGUGUUCAUAACUGAGAAUAAAGAGGCGGCUCCUGUUGACUCCUUGUUCCUAAACUAAA